UGAAACUGUCAAAAUAUCCAGUGUGACAACGCUGUUGAAUCUUCUUCACAUAACCAUCACAUCAAAAUGCAAAAAGAAUUUAAAUGCUUUGCAGAAAUUAGGUUUUAUUUUUUUAACGAAAUGAGGAACUGCAUCUUACUUAUAACUGGAACAUUUUAGAAGAGAAGAUGGACUAAUUUCACUUUGUUUUUUUUUUUUUUUUUCUUUUCUCACAAGGCACCAAAAAAAUGCUACUUCAAUGUUCAUCACUAUAUAUACGAGACAGAAUGGUUCAAUGAGUCAAGAAAAAUAUUGUCAAUAAGCUUAAAAACAAUUUCCGUUCCUCCCUCUGGAAAAGUCUCAACCAGAAAUAAUAUUUGGUGGUGAAUAAAUUAAAUACUCCCCACCACCACCACCACCACAAAUCAUCACCGUCUCUUCUCUAUUUUUUCUUCUCUUCUUUCUUUCCUUCUCCUCCUUGCGCCCUAAUAAUAACAGACUUUAAUACUACUACUACUACUACUACUAAUACAGCAAUAUCGUAUUUAAUUUUCUCAUGGCCAACUUUCUCAUUUCUUUUUAAACCCUCCUCAUCCCCCUCAUCAAGAGACUCCAACUCAAGACUCACCCUCUUAAGCGUUUUUGUUUUUUGUUUUUUGGUCAUAAACACACACACACACACACAGUCACACAGUAACAAGCACUCUUAAAUUAAUUUUCUCCCGAUGGGUGCUCAUCGGAAAUUCGAGCCGAUUUCUAAAUGUAGCCCGGAGGGACGGUCGAAUCAAACCGUCGCAGCCGAUUUAGACGGCACGAUUCUCAUCUCAAGAAGCUCAUUUCCUUACUUCUUGCUUGUGGCUUUAGAAGCCGGAAGCCUACUCCGGGCGUUACUUCUGCUAGCAUCCGUUCCGUUCGUAUAUUUCACAUACAUAUUCGUGUCGGAAACUCUAGCGGUCCAAACACUUAUAUUCAUCGCAUUCGCCGGGCUACGAGUUCGAGACAUCGAACUCGUUUCCCGGUCCGUGCUCCCGAAAUUCUACGCCGAGGACGUCAACCCGGAGACGUGGAAGGUUUUUAAUUCCUUCGGGAAAAGGUACAUUGUGACUGCGAAUCCGCGGAUCAUGGUGGAACAUUUUGCCAAGAAUUUCUUGGGGGUGGAUAAAGUACUUGGGACCGAACUGGAAGUUUCUAGAUUUGGGAGGGCUACUGGGUUCUUGAAGAAGCCAGGAGUUCUUGUCGGACAACAUAAGAGGGAUGCAAUUAUGAAGGAAUUUGGGACCCAACAACUGCCUGAUUUAGGCCUAGGCGAUAGAGAGACCGACCAUGAUUUCAUGUCCAUUUGCAAGGAAGGAUACAUGGUGCCAAGAACAAAACGGAAUCCGCUGCCAAGAAACAAAUUGCUAAGCCCAGUCAUAUUUCAUGAAGGCCGCUUAGUACAGAGGCCGACCCCACUGGUUGCCCUGUUGACUUUCCUAUGGAUGCCGGUCGGAAUCGUGCUCUCCCUCCUCCGUGUCUACUUAAACAUUCCCUUGCCGGAAAGAAUCGUCCGGUACAACUACAUGAUCCUCGGCAUCAAACUCGUAGUCAAAGGAAACCCGCCUCCGCCACCCAAGAACGGCCAGAGCGGCGUGUUAUUCGUCUGCAACCACCGCGCCGUGCUGGACCCCGUCGUCACCGCGGUGGCGCUGGGGAGGAAAAUCAGCUGCGUGACUUACAGCAUUAGCAAAUUCUCCGAGAUGAUCUCGCCGAUCAAAGCCGUGGCGUUGUCCCGGGAGAGGGAAAAAGAUGCCGAGAACAUCAAACGGUUGCUCCAGGAAGGGGAUUUAGUGAUUUGCCCGGAAGGGACGACUUGCCGGGAGCCGUUCUUGUUGAGAUUCAGCGCGCUGUUUGCUGAAUUGACGGACAGGAUCGUGCCGGUGGCGAUCAACACGAAGCAGAGCGUGUUUUACGGGACCACCGUACGCGGGUACAAGAUGUUGGACCCGUAUUUCGUGUUCAUGAACCCGAGGCCCACGUACGAGAUCACGUUCUUGAAUCAGCUCCCGCCAGAGCUGACGUGUAAGGCCGGAGGGAAAUCGGCGAUUGAGGUGGCGAAUUAUAUCCAGAGGGUGAUCGCGGAUACGCUGGGAUACGAGUGUACGAAUUUGACCCGGAAAGAUAAGUAUGCGAUGAUGGCCGGAACCGAUGGGCGGGUAGUUGAUCGGAAGAAGAAUCCGGACAAGGAUGAUAUGAAGACUAAAUAAUCAUUUUUAGUGAUGAAUUAAUGGAUUUUAUUAAUCAGUCAAUGCUGUUUGUUAGAAAAAUGUGGGGAAAUGUGUUUGUGAUUUUACUAUUUUUUUGGUAUCAAAAUUAAUGAUGCAAAUAAUUGUUGAUUGUUACAAUGAUAUUGGUGUAGUAGUACUGAAUUUGUUAAGUUCAAUGUAUAUGCAUUUCGGUUAAGCCUCCAAUUUGCUACCCCCGUUUUCCCAUCAACACUCUUUAAUACUACUAAUUGUCUUUAAUACGC